AUGAUGAAGACGGAAGUGGAAGAAGAAGAAGCAAUCUCUGUUGAAGCGUCGACGAAGACGGAAGGGAAAGAACGCGUCUUUGUUGUUUUGGGGGACGAGGUAUGGGAGAGCGAGGAACCAAAGCCUCGAUCGCCGCCAAGAAGGAUGGAGAUGGAAGUGGGGCAAGUAGACGUGUGGAGGAUGCUGGGGCCCGAGGAACCGGAGAUGGAACCGGACGACAUGCCCCACUGGAUGACUGUUAGCCGCCAGGAUCCCUCCCAUGCGUUUCACAGACACAAAGCUAAAGCUCUGAAGAAGGUUUACGUCCAAAGGGAUACUCUACAGGUCUACUCGGUGAAGCUAGCUGCAACAAGAGGGAGCUUACAGCUGCCGUUGGAUGUCUUCGGAUCCAUAUUUUGUACUGGAAUGUCCUACCGUGCUGUUAUGUUUUCAGAUGUAUUGUCAGAUCCUGUGAUCAUCGAGGUUGACCUUAAAGUAAAGGGUGCUACUGAGUCUGAGGAUGGAUACUUGAGCUUUCUAGUUUCUCCAUUAACAUGCUCUUGCAUGCUUUCACAUGUGUUUAAAUGUGCCUACACUACCAAGCUUAGCAGACUGGAGUUUUCGCUUGGCCACAUUGUUUUCUCUGUGGAGGCUACGAUAUUUGUGAGAGUCAUUCAUGGGUCAUGGCCAGAUGGUUUGCGUGGUCUAUUUACUGCUUCUACUACUGGUUACAGUGACAGAAGUACCACAGAAUAUAGCGCUGGUGUUGGUCAUGAGAGAAUCAUCUUACUUGAUUCUGGAGGUCAGGAAGUGCCUAUUGCUGGUGAUGGCAAGAUAAAGCUUUCACGGAAUGUUAUCUCAACUCAACAUUGUGGAGAGGUGAUAUUUCAGGUCAAGGCACUGGAAGGUGACAUCAAAGUUGUGGAAAAACAUACCAUUUUUCACCCUUUGGAAGCUAGUAAAAGUAUCGGAAUUGAUACCCUAGCUAUUUGUGCUGAAACUUGCUUCGCCGAUGAAGAUGAAGGGAAAGAACGCGUCUUUGUUGUGUUGGGGGACGAGGACGAGGACGAGGUAUGGGAGAGCGAGGAACCAAAGCCUGAAUCGCCGCCAAGAGGGAUGGAGAUGGAAGUCGGGAAGAAAUUAGACGCGUGGAGGAUGCUGGGACCCGAGGAACCGGAGCUGGAGGAGAUGGAGCCGAACGACGAACCACACUGGAUGACUGUUAGCCGGUAUCGUAUUCACUGGGACGAACGAUGGUCUGCCUACUACGGCUCAUUCGAGGACUCCAUUGAGUUUUUUUCCCCACUAAUUAAUGGUCUUAGGACUGCCUUGGUUUAA